AUGGCGACUUAUUCCUGUGAAGAGGUAACACAAGCACCUGUCGCUGAUCAAUUCCACAUACACCGUCUCUUACACUCCAGUUACGGCAUAAGACAAGGUGUGAAAGGUUACUCGGUAGAACCUCCGAGUCCUCUUUUCUUGAAACCUCGGCAUUGUGAACUGGAUUUGUUUUCUUGUUGUGCCAACGAGGUUUUUGAUGCUAUGCACAUCCCAUCGAACUCCUGCCAAACUUCGGUAUGCCUAAAUCCACCACGCAAGAACUCUAUGCAGGAAAAGAAACUGACAAGUCUCAUCGACUACUGGUGCUGGUGA